AUGCAAGCCAUGCGGACAUCCUUAACAUUGCCCGGCGUCUACGCACGCAUCCCUCCCUGGCCGUGCGUGCGUCUCCCUCCGGGCCCCGCCUCCCCCUCCCACCCACCCACCCACCCCCCCUUCCCCCCACCUAACGCAUCGCCUUCACUCUCACCCGCUGGCCAGUACAUUGCCCUUCACUGCCAACCCCUGCUCACACCCCCUCAACCGUUGGCUGAGCGUCAGAGUGACGACCAGGGCACCUGCUCAGCUCGGGGUCAUGUCAUAUUUCUCCUGUUUCUCCUUCGCAACCCACUUUCGUCAAGCAGCCGACGUCCCCUCCGCCUAACGCAUCGCCUUCACUAUCCCCCGCUGGCCAGUACAUUGCCCUUCACUCCCACGCCCCGCUCACACCCCCCUUCACCGUUGGAUCAACCGUCGGCUGAGCGUCAGAGAGUGACGAUCUGGGCGGCUACACGGCUCGGGGGUUCAUGUCAUAUAUCUCUGGUUUCUCGUUCUUCGCAAUCUACUUACGUCGAGCAGCCGACGUCCCCUCCGCUGCCAACUCCAGAAGUCCCACCCACACUGUACAUCAUCUCCAGCAAAACCCGCCCGACCCCAGGAAGCCCCGAGGGAAACCCAGAAAGCGCCGAGGGCGCCCGCCCCAGAUCCCACCGCCGAGGACGACGUCCACCGCCGCGCAGCCGCGCGGAGAGGAUGGCCGCCCGCGGGCUGCUGCAGGACGUCGCCGGGGGGCAGGGCGCCACCAUGGACAUGGUGAUCGCGCACGAGCCCCAGGGCCAGCUGUCCAGGGACCUGGACAUCCAAUGGCUGCUCAACUCCAGCUACCUCGUCUUCUUCAUGCAGUGCGGCUUCGCCCUGCUGGAGGCGGGCAGCGUGCGGUCCAAGAACACCAAGAACAUCCUGCUCAAGAACGUGAUGGACGCCUGUGUGGGGGCGCUGGUGUGGUGGGGUUGGGGCCACUCCCUGGCGUUCGGCGAGAACGGUCGAUUCCCCAACGAGUUCAUAGGCGGCACGAACUUCUUCAUGAGCAACAGCAACGACGUAUCGCCGAACGAGGCCGCAAAGCAGUCGGGCUUCAACAACGCCAACAUCUUCUACGCGGACUGGGUCUUCCAGUGGGCCUUCGCGGCCACCUCCGCCACCAUCGUGUCGGGGGCGCUGGCCGAGAGGUGCCAGUUCCGGGCGUACCUCAUCUACACCUUCGUCAUCACGGGGUUCGUCUACCCGGUCGUGGCGCACUGGGUGUGGUCGAGGGAAGGGUGGCUGUCGACGACUAGGGACAUGGACCGCGACGGCGACCUGGACAUCAUCCUGGACCGUUCCUUGGGGCUCAUCGACUUCGCGGGCGGCGGCGUGGUCCACGUGACCGGCGGCGGCGCCGCCCUGGCCGCCUCCUGGAUCAUGGGGCCCAGGUACGGCCGCUUCGAGACGGACGGCACCCCCCGCCCGCUGGUGGGCCACUCCGUGGCCCUGUCCUCCUUGGGCGUCUUCAUCCUGUGGUUCGGUUGGUACGGAUUUAAUCCCGGGUCCACCAAGGCGUUUUACGGGAACAUGUACGUGGCGUCCAAGUGCGCCGUGGCCACCACGCUGGCGGCGGCGGCCGGGGGCGUGGCGGUGCAGCUGAUGCACGUGCAGAGGGGCAAGAAGCCGGCACUGUCCCCGGCGCUGAAUGGCAUACUCGUGGGCCUGGUGUCCAUCACCUCCAGUUGCGCCGUGGUGGAGCCCUACGGCGCUGUUGCCAUCGGCGUUAUUGGUGGCAUCCUGUACGACCUGUCUUCGAAGCUGCUGCUUCGGCUGAGGCUUGACGACCCCCUGGACGCCAGCCCGGUGCACUUCGUGGGCGGCCUCUGGUCGCUCAUCUCCGUCGGAUUUCUGGCGACACCAGCAAACCUGGAGAACGCAUUUGGAAGAAAAACGGACGUGGGAGUGCUGUACGGAGGGGACGGCCACCAGCUGGGCGUCCAAAUCCUGGGCGCGGUCGUCAUCUCGACGUGGACGUUCCUCAUCAACAUUCCCCUCUUCUCCUACCUCAAUUCAAGCGGCCUGCUGCGUGUCUCCCAGGAGGAGGAAAUCACGGGCCUGGACGUGUCCAGGCACGGCGGCGUCGGGAUGGGCUACGCUGGCAUAACCGUGGGCCCGCCUCCAAACAACACAGCUGCGGCACGAUGA